GCGGGGUUUCGUGGGAUUUCGCACGAUUCAACAGGAUUUUGUGCCAUUUCCAGGGAUUUCCAGGGAUCUCGCGGGAUUUCACGGGAUCUCGUGGGAUUUCAUGGGAUUUUGCGAUGUUUUGUGAGACUUCACGGGAUUUUGUGGGAUUUUGUGGGAUUUUGCGGGAUUUCGCGGGAUUUUGUGGGAUUUUUUGACGUUUCAUGGAAUUUCACAGGAUUUUGUGGGAUUUCGCUGCGUUUUGCAGGAUUUCACAGAAUUUUGCAGGAUUUUUGUGGUGUUUCACGGGAUUUCACAGGAUUUUUGUGGGAUUUCGCGGCAUUUUGCGGGAUACUUUUGUUACGUUUCACAGCAUUUCACAAGACUUUGUGGGAUUUCACUGGAAUUUUGUGGCAUUUUGUGGGAGUGCUCAGAAUUUUGCGGGGUUUCAUGGGAUUUUGGUGGGAUUUCGCUGCGUUUUACAGGAUUUCACAAGAUUUUGUGGGAUUUUUGCGGCGUUUCGUGGGAUUUCACAGGAUUUUGUGGUGUUUCGUGGGAUUUUGCAGGAUUUUGCAGGGUUUCACGGGAUUUUCGUGGGAUUUCCUCGCGAUUUUCGUGGGAUUUCACAGGAUUUUUGUUGCGUUUCACGGGAUUUCACAAGAUUUCACAAGAUUUUGUGGCAUUUCACGGGAGUUUGGUGGGAUUUCGGUGGGAUUUUGCGGCAUUUUGCAGGAUUUCACAGGGUUUUUUUUUUUUUUGGACUUUGUGGCGUUUCGUGAGACUUCACAGGAUUUUGCGUGGCUUCGUGGGAUUUCGGCAGGAUUUCGGUGGGAUUCCACCACGUUUUGUGGGAUUUCGGGGGCAUUUCACGGAAUUUUGCGGGGUUUCAUGGGAUUUCGGUGGGAUUCCGGCGCUAUUCCGAGGGUUCUGUCCCCGCAGCCGCUGCCGGUGGCAUCAUGAGGGCCGUGCUCUGGGAUCUGCUCCUGCUCUGCCUCUUCGCCCGCGCCCGUGGCGACUGCCGGGACGACUGCGUGCACUGCGACCGCCUGCUCUACCGCGACAGCUUCGACGUCCUUAUCUGCGUCCUGGAAUGCGAAGGCCAAGCGGUGCCCAGGGCCACCUGGGAGCUCUGCGCGGCCGCCGGCCGGAACUCCCCGCGACCUCGCCACCACUCCGCCCGACGCUGGCCCGGCGCGGCCGACGCCCCGUGGGUCACCGACGCCGAGCCGGCCGCGCCGGGCGCCUUCCGGCAGCUUCGCCGGGAGGAAGAGGAGGAGGAGGAGGAGGACAUUUCGCGGCGGCUCGGGGCGGGCCGGGCGGCCAAGGGGGUGCAGAAGAGGUACGGGGGAUUCAUCGGGGUGCGCAAGUCGGCGCGGAAGUGGAACAACCAGAAGAGGUUUAGCGAGUUCCUGAAGCAGUACCUGGGCAUGGCGCCGCGCUCCACGUUCCGGCACCGCUUCCCAGCCCGGCACAGGCAAAAUUAA